AAGCGAACAGCACCACCGUCCGCACAAUAUCAUAUAUACUACUACCCAUCCACCCAUCCACUUAGUACUGCUACACGUGUCCGUCUGGCUGUCCGUCUGCCUCUCCAUCUUCUACGCAUGCUCAUCUCCGGCCGUCCAGCUCCCCAGCCAGUCAAGUCAGCAUCACGUCAUUUCAGCUUCUCCUCCAUGAGCCUCCUCUUGCGCCUCUCGUGGAACUGAUUGUAGUCCACAACUAGAUGCACGCCAGCAGUCAGCAGCCACAGCCCGACUAGCAGUCCUCCCCAGAAGCGCCACCCAUGGCCCAUGAAGCGCCAUUCCUCAGCCUCCUUUGAUGCAGCCCUUGCAGCAGCCGGCUUCUCUUCUGCAUCUCCCGUUGCGGCGGUCUCUGCCAAGGACAGCAGUAUCGGCGCAACAAACACCAAUCCAACGAUGAGCCAGAUCUUCAUUCGAAAGCUGGGAGGGCAG